CCAGUCCGGACCACAGUGGGCUGGCAGUGUUAAAGCCCCUACCAUACCACGUUAUUGUUUUCAAAAGAAACAACAACCCUGCAUUCAAAAGUAUAACUGAGUAAACUUUGGCCCUCACAGGAGGCCCUCACUCGUAAGGCGAUAAGCACGGCAGGCUCAGGGAGGAGGCCGCGGGCUCGGCCUUGCAAAUGGCAGCCCACUGGAGCAGGUGGGGGGCGGAGCCUGGCACGGUCGGGUGUCCAGGUCUCCCCCUGUAACGUCCCCUGCAGCCUCCUGAACAAAACUUCUGUGCCCCCCGCUUCGCAGCUAGCGCCAGAAGCCUGAGCAAAUAAGAGCAACCGCUUCCUGCAGGCUGAGCGCAGGAGCACCUGCACUCUCGAAGGCCCAUAGUCUGUAAGACUCGAAAGAUAAAUUGACUGAUCAUUAAGAUAUACUUACUGUCCCCCCAGUAAAAAAAAAUAAUUAAAAAAAAUCUUAACCUCACAUUUCCCUUGCCAAAUCAAUCGGCCAGAGAGAGAGAGAAAAAAAAAGGAUGCCCAACGAGUCCUCGUUCAACAAGCCUUCGGCAUCAUCGGAGCAUCACGGCCAAGGGGGUAAGAUGGGCACUUUCGGGAAAUCCUCUGCGCUGGCAGCCGCAGGAGCUGGAAGCAACGCAGGGGGUCCUGCUGGUGCCACCCCUACUUCGGGGAAAAAGUCCCCUCGGCUCCCCAAGUGCGCACGGUGUAGGAACCACGGAUAUUCUUCGCCUCUGAAAGGGCACAAGCGGUUCUGCAUGUGGAGAGACUGCCAGUGUAAAAAAUGCAGCUUGAUCGCCGAGAGACAACGGGUGAUGGCCGCCCAGGUUGCAUUGAGAAGGCAGCAAGCUCAAGAGGAAGAGCUGGGGAUCAGUCAUCCCAUCCCAUUGCCCAGUGCCACGGAAAUGUAUGUGAAGAAAGAAAACAAUGCCAACGGUUCCUGCCUGUUGUUGGAAAGCAGCAGCCCGCCACAGUCCGCGACCACAGCAACCACAGCGUCUGCCUCAUCCACAGAGGGACGGAUGCUGAUUCAGGACAUUCCUUCCCUGGCCAGCAGAGGGCAUCUGGAGAGCACAUCUGAUUUAGUUGUGGACUCCACCUACUACAGCAGUUUUUACCAGCCGUCCCUGUAUCCUUACUACAACAACUUGUACAAUUACUCCCAGUACCAGAUGGCUGUGGCCAGUGAAACCACCUCUGGGGACAUGGGGACCCCCCUGGUUGGGUCCCCUGUUAAAAACAGCCUUCGAAGCCUCCCAGCAACCUAUAUGUCAAGCCAAUCAGGAAACCAGUGGCAGGUAAAAAGCCCAGACAACCGCCAUGGCAUGAAUUCCCAGUACAGGAUGCAUUCUUACUAUCCUUCUACCUCCUACUUGGGGCAGAGUGUUGGGGCCCCUGCCUGCGUUCCCCAGAUUUUCACCUUUGAGGAGAGCCCUUCUUACUCUGAAACAAAAGCAAAUGGUGAAGAUUCCACUCUUCAAAGACAGCCCCACAUAAAGCAUGUAUUUUCACCACCCAGUAGUCAGGAUUCUGGCUUGGUUUCCCUUUCCAACAGCUCUCCCAUCAGCAAUGAAAGCACCAAAGCUGUCUUGGAAUGUGAGUCCACCUCUGAUUCUGGAACCUUCACUGUUCAUUCUGUCAUGGAAGAUGGAGAAUAAGCAAUGUUAAAGAACAUCCUCCUGGAUUUCUUGAAGUGCCUUCUUGUUCAGUUGUGUUUGUCUGGUUUGUGAUGACUGAUGCUGAAGUAACUGUUGAAAAAAUGUUCCCUUUAUACUGUUCAGCACACUGAUCUGCAACCUUAGUUGAAGAACUGUUUCCCACUUAGGGACACCAAGAAUUACUGGGGGUAAUUGUAGUGUAAAAAUCUGAUAUUUUGUAGUUAACAUGUAAUCAAAGUUAGCUGAAUGGCUAAGUUACUCAUAUAAGCAAAUCUAAGAUUUCUACAGCACAAAGGGGUUUAGUUAAAUCUUUAACAGUGUUCAAAAACAAGAUAAUUUAUAAAACAAGCUUUUGGUAUAAUGAAGAUUUUAAGAAAUUGGGCAUAAAGGUUGAUAAUUCUCUGUCACAAAGUAAUUUUUUCACUUCCUUAUUGAGACAAUAAAACAGAACAGAGAAUGCUAAUUACAUAAGAGGUUCUAGAAUUUACAAACAUGUUCACAGUUGCUGCUUUUUUAUCCUUUCAUAGCCUGCAAACAGACAAAUGUUUCAGUAAGAAUGAUACUUUAAAAAAAAAAUCUGAUGAGCUACCUUCGUGUUUGGAUGUUUUUAUGGAAGAUGCUAGAUUUUGGCCAGGCAUGUUUUCUGCUGUCAGCAUAAAAUUAACAUAUAUUUGGUAUUUUACAGGUUAACCUAUUUGCUACAAUCUUGACCAAGUAAGAACUGCCUUUUAAGAGUCAUUACACAUUUUCAGUAUUUGUUAAAAAUGGCUUAGCAUGUACUUUUUCAGGGUUACAGAAGCCAACCUGAAAUGAAACUAGUCUUUGGGGGGAAAUGCAUUGUUCUCUGUAGUUGCAGCAGUACCUGAAAUAAAAAUGUUAUUGAUGACCAAA